AUGGUUCGGUACUCUUGGGAACCGAAAGACGAAGAUGAGAGCCGCACAUGUAAGGCACGCGUACCCUAUCUUAGGGCACACUUCAAGAAUACGCACGAGUGCGCUCGUGCAAUUAAGGGUAUGACCUUGCAACGGGCGCAAACUUUCCUGAAGAACGUUAUUGAAAAGAAGGAAAUAGUGCCGUUCAGGCGUUUCAAUGGUGGAGUCGGGAGACACGCGCAGGCCAAGGCAUGGGGUACUACACAAGGCCGCUGGCCGAAAAAGUCAGCUCAGAUGCUGCUACAGCUAUUGCAUAAUGCAUUCAGUAACGGAGUUAACAAGGAUAUCAAGGGAGGAGAAGCCAGUCGGCUGUACAUAAAACAUAUCCAAGUUAGUUAUUUCACCAUUACCUCGAACCUCGUUAAUCAAGCACCCGCGAUGCGUCGCAGGACGUACCGUGCGCACGGCCGCAUUAAUCCGUACAUGUGUUCACCCUGUCACGUCGAAGUGAUCCUGGCUACAAAAGACGACUUGGUACCGAAGGUUUCGGCGAACGCCCCUCAACCGCUGAAAAAGAAAGAGUCCAAGAAGAAAAUGAAACGUCAGCUAAUGAAAGAAAGCGCUGGUUUCUGA